AUGCAGUUCCGCUUCUUGCUCCUCGCCAUCGCCGCGUUUGCCUGCGCGACCCUCGCUGCCGAGUCCGACGCAGUCCAAGGCGGCGGCGCCAACCCGGCCUUGCGUGGCAACGGCAACGAAGAGAUUUGCCAGAACUGCUUCUGGCACCCCGAGCAGAUUUGUUGCGGCCUCCGCCCGUAG